CCGUCCUGCAAACGGAAACCACGCCACCUGACGGCAAUGCUUGGUAAAAUCCGUAGUAAAACAACCCUCCAGGAAGUUUGAACCGAAGAAUAAGGUUAGAGCAAUGGAGCACCGUUUCAGCGAUCAGACGACACGCAGGUCUGCGAUAGAGACCGACCACACGACCAGCGUCUGAUCGUGCCUGUGCAGAGGCAAAUUUAAACGCUGUAAGAGACCAAAGGGCGAAAGACGGAAGCGUGGACAGAGCGGUGCUAAUGAAUAAUCUAAACUCAAGACACUAAAGACCGGUGGAGUGAACCAUUCACGAUGUCCUCCAACGCGGGGGACCUCUGUAACGCUACCGCGCAAAGGAAGCCGGAGGCUUUACGCGAACUAAAACAGCGUCGGCGUCGGAGCAGAGAAGGCGCGAAGGAGAACCUCUACGGGACCCCGCAAAGGACUUUAAGUCUCACCCCUCGAAUGCGUCCCGUUACACCCCUGAUCUCGAGGACCCAGGCAAAUCUAAUGACGUCAAGCUCAGAGUCGAGUCAAAGGUUAUCCGAAAAGGCUGUCAGUCCCAACCUUGCCAAUCUGAGAAUGACUCCAGGCCCCAGUUUGCAGGAGAGACAGAGGCAGCUGCAGGAGAAACACCAGCGAGCUAAAGAGAGCCUGGACAGCCUGGCGGUGGGAGGCGGGGUUAGCAUGUGGCCGGAGAUGGACCGCAUGCGGCUGACCGGUCAGGAGGGCGUCACGUUGGGGCUGGGGUGCGUGACCGUGUCCUUCGGCGUCUUCCUCAUCUUCAAAUAUUUACAUGGGUCUCUGCUGCUCAGUGUGCAUAGGUACACGGUGGCGGUAAAUGGCUUUACUGCGGCACAUCCGGUCCACCACGGACCCCAGAGUGCGCUGAACCACACCCUGCUUGUGUGGCACACCCACUUCCUCCAUCUGCAGGACAGCAUAAAGAAGCAGUUUGAGACUCAGCUGCUGCAGACACACGGCACUUAUCAGCUCUACCUGCUGCUCUACAUCGGUGCGAUAGGCACUCUGCUCUACUACCUGGCCGAUAACGUCAUCCAGAAGAGCCGCCUCACCCCCAGAAGGAUUAAGAUGUGGGUUCUGCUGCUGGUUGCCACGGCGACCUGGACCCUGCUGAUGCUGCGGUUGCUCGUGUGGUACCAGCGCCUGGAGAACGCCGUCGAGGAGGCGGUCCGCGGGUUUCAGGAUGAGCUGGCUCAUCUUGCGACUUUGGACCUGGACCUGAGAAUGUACCACAACAUCGCCACCUACUGGCAAGCGAGGUGCCUGCCGCCACUGAGCAGGGGUACACUGACCAUUUUUGGGGUGCUCCCAGUGCGGGACUUGUUCUUCUACCUGCAGUACUACAGUGUGCCUGUCCUCACGGCCCUGUGUACCCCUGUGCUACAGCUGCUGCUUGCUCUGAAGGAGAUCUAUGUGGACCCCCCUACCAGGGAGAGACCACUCCUCCAGAACUGACUGAGUCACUAAUUGGGAGAGACCAUGUACCCCAAACUAAUGGGGGGGGACACAAGUCACUGAGUUGGAGAGGUCACUUGUCCCAGAACUAAAGGAGGAGAUAAAACACAAAUCGGGGGAGACCAUUUACCCAGAACUGAUGGAGGGUGGCAACACAAGUCACUGAGUGGGAGAGGCCAUUUACCCAAAACUCAGGGGGUGCUCACAGCAUGGUUACGGGUUUCAUAUAAUCUUUUAUGUAAUCUACAGAUAAUCAGCCAUGGCUCCUGGUUUUGUGGUGUGGGGUUGUGUGUUUUCUGAUGUGAGAUGUUUGUAUUAAGGGUUUUCCGAUUAAGCUGAUUGCACUGCGUUGGUCAUGUUCAUGGGUCGAAGUGGGAGUAAAAUCUCAUGAUGUGGCACCCCGGUGUUUUGCCUGUAACAGCUCAUCUAGGAUCAGUUCACCCAAACAUGGCAAGCCCCAGUCCCAGCCACGAUGGUACUAAGGUAACUGAUCCAGGACCAGUCCUUGGGUAGCGAGUCUGUCCCGGAGCCAG